CCUUCUCUAUUUUGCGGUCCCAGAGCCCUUCCUUCUCCAUCCUUGUGUCCUGACUCCAUCCUCGCUCCUCCAAGAGAAGUUCCUGGAGUUCGCCAGCGAGACGGGCAACGUGGGCCAGGAGCGCAUCUCCGCCGUCAACCAAAUGGUGGACGAACUCAUCGACUACGGCCACGCCGACGCCGCCACCAUCGCCGAAUGGAAGGACGGAGUCAACGAAGCCUGGGCCGACCUCCUGGAGCUGAUGGAGACCCGCGCUCAGCUCUUGGCGGCCUCCCACGAGCUCCAUAAAUUCUUCAGCGACUGCCGGGAGCUGCUGGGGCAGAUCGAGGAGAAGCGCCGGCGGUUGCCCGAAUUGACCCACGAACCUCGAGGGUCGGCCGGGGGGAUCCAGAGGGCCCUGGGAGCCUUCGAACGAGACGUGGAGGUGUUGGUGGGACAGGUGAGGCAGCUCCAGGAAGGGGCGGCCCAGCUGAGGACCGUCUACGCCGGGGACAACGCCGAAGCCAUCGCCAAGAGGGAGCAGGAGGUGCUGAAGGCGUGGAAGGAGCUGCUGGCAGCCUGCGAGGAGGGGAGGCUGCGCGUGGCCGACGCCGCGGAGCGAGUCCGCUUCGUGGGAGCUGCCAAAGAGCUGCUGGCGUGGAUGGAGGGGCUGCUGGGGCAGAUGGAGGCCGGGGACAGGCCCAGGUGGGGGGACGGGUGUUGGGUCAUCAGAGGGGAUUGGGAAAUGUGUUGGGUCAGCCGUGGGGGUCUUCGAGUUGGGUCAGCCAUGGGGGUCUUUGAGUUGGGUCGGCCAUGGGGAUGGAGGCAUGAGUGUUGGGUCAGCCAUGGGG